UGAGAGUCGGGGCCACCACCGUGGGCUGCGCUCCAUGAGGAAGAUGCUUGCUGCUGUCUCCCGCGUGCUGUCCAGGGCCGCGCAGAAGCCUGCUAGCAGAGUGCUGGUGGCAUCCUGUAACUAUUCAAAGGACGCUACAUUUGAAAUUAAGAAAUGCGAUCUUUAUGGCUUAGAAAAGGGUCCCCCUGUCACAACAGUGCUCACCCGGGAGGAUGGGCUCAAGUACUACAGGAUGAUGCUGACUGUUCGCCGAAUGGAAUUGAAGGCAGAUCAGCUGUAUAAACAAAAAUUCAUUCGUGGUUUCUGUCACCUGUGCGAUGGUCAGGAAGCUUGUUCUGUGGGCCUGGAGGCCGGGAUAAAGCCCACCGAUCAUGUCAUCACAUCCUAUCGGGCUCAUGGCUUGUGCUAUACUCGUGGACUCUCUGUCCGAUCAAUUCUUGCAGAGCUGACCGGGCGAAGGGGAGGCUGUGCUAAAGGAAAAGGAGGUUCCAUGCAUAUGUAUAUAAAGAACUUCUAUGGGGGCAACGGCAUUGUUGGCGCUCAGGGGCCCCUGGGAGCUGGUAUUGCACUGGCCUGUAAAUACAAGGGAAACGAGGAGAUCUGUUUGACUCUUUAUGGGGAUGGGGCUGCGAAUCAGGGUCAGAUAGCUGAAGCUCACAAUAUGGCAGCUUUGUGGAAAUUACCUUGUGUUUUCAUCUGUGAGAAUAACCUCUAUGGAAUGGGGACCUCGGUUAAGAGAGCAGCAGCCAGCACCGAUUACUACAAGAGAGGACAUUUUCUCCCCGGACUAAGGGUAGAUGGAAUGGAUGUGCUAAGUGUUCGGGAGGCAACUAAGUUCGCGGCAGACUACUGUAGAUCUGGAAAAGGGUCCAUAGUGAUGGAGCUGCAGACCUACCGUUAUCAUGGACACAGUAUGAGUGACCCUGGGAUCAGCUAUCGUUCUCGAGAGGAAGUUCAGGAUAUGAGAAGGAAGAGCGAUCCUAUUAUGCUUCUCAAAGACAGAAUGGUUAACAGUAACCUUGCCACUAUUGAAGAAUUGAAGGGAAUUGAUGUUGAAGUGAGGAAAGAAAUUGAGGAUGCAGCCCGAUUUGCUACAACUGAUCCUGAACCACCUUUGGAAGAAUUAGGUCAUCACAUCUACUGCGAUAAUCCACCUUUUGAAGUUCGAGGUGUGAAUCAGUGGAUCAAGUUUAAGUCCCUCAGUUAAAAGGGGACUUAUGUAAAUGUAUUUUAGUCCUUCAUAGGAACUUUCAUGGCCCACUUUAAGAAACUGUGUGCCCAAUUUGGCUAAACAAGAAUAAAUCCCAUUAAACAAUCAAAUUGAGAUGAUUAAGAGAUAACUAGAAAAGAUUAAAAGAUCAUUGAAAAAAAUGUAUGUUUAAUUA